AAUACCACAGCAACAACGCUCCCCCCCCACAAGAACACAAUGAACUCUCAGGCUCAGCGAAUCGUCAGAAAGCACCAGUUUCAGACAGAGGGUAACGCUGACUUUAUCCAAGAAAUGUCUGGAGCUCAAUACACCCCUGUCAUUGACAUGAUUCCAAACCCACCUUGGUCGUCCAUGUGUUACUGUCCAUGCGGUCACAUCUCGCAGCAUGGAUUUUGGAUUUUAGUGCCAGAUGUUCCUGCCCAGGUGAACCGAGCACCUUAUCCAACCCGGCCUGAACCAAGCAUCCAAGUACGACAGACUACACAGCAGAUGGCAUAUUUCACGGAUGUAUUACCUCUACCAAACAGUUCUACUGCUACUGCGAACGUUGGUCUUGGGGACAUGUCAGUGGAGAGGAAGACUCUGAUGAAGACAGGUUCUUCUGAGGGACCAGGAAUUGGAUGCAGCAUGGCUGUAACUGGUGAUGAGAGAGAAUCAGGCGAUGCUCCUUUGGAAAUGGGUGUAGGUGAUCUGCGCAUUCCCACAUCUGAGCCUGGGUUUCAGGGCAAUGGCUCUCAGACGCCUUUAGAGGAUGACUUAAAGAAGAGGGAGCGCCGCCGGAUGAAAAACAGGGAAGCUGCGCGGAUGUGUCGGCGAAAGAAGAAUGAAUACAUCAGAUGCCUUGAGAACCGCUUGGCCGAGCUGGAGGAGCAAAACAGUUCUCUCAUAGAGGAGUUCAAGGCCCUCCAAAGCAGAGUGACUCCACAGCAGAGAUCAGGAACUGCAAUCCUGUGAACUUUGUUUUUUUGUGACUUGUCUCGAAGGAGUUUGGAAUAACAAGGAGCUUACAUGAAAAACACUCCACGUCUUUCAUUUUCUGCAUGUUUACACGAGGUCUGGAUUCCAGGGUUAUAAUUAUACAACAACAACAUUAGGAGCAGUAGGUUGGAAGGAGAAUACAGGGUUGAAAGGUAGUGAGGGCAAAAAAAAAUUGAUUCAUCCAUGUUUACUAGACACAAUAAAUAUUUGUUGUUGAUAGAUUAAAUAAAAAUAAAAACAAAACUAGACUUAUGCCACUGUCACUUUACAUUAAUAUUCAGAAUAAUUGGCUGAUAAUCUAAUUUUAAAAAGCAGAAUAUUGGAAGGUAUUUCUAAAGGGUCA